AUGGAACACGAUGUAUUUGAAGAAACUGUUGAGGGAAAGAUUUUUGGCAAUUUUAGUUUUGAUCUAUUUCCAUAUAUUGUAAAAAACAAAUACGAUAUAGUCGACAUACGAGAGUUGACUUGUAAGUACUUGCACAAAACAAUAGAUAAAUACGAUAUAGAUAAACUUGACAAGAUCAUAAAUAAAAUGUCAGAAAUAUUUGAAGAUUAUAUUAUUCAAUCAAUUGACAGUAACGAGGAUACGAAUAAUAAUGACGACAUGAAUAGAUUAGAGGAUCAGAUAAUUGAACAUUUGUCAUCAGACAUAUCCAAAUUAGCAAAUUUAUUUGCUGCAUUCUCUACUGAAAUUCUUCAUAGCGACGAAUAUGGAAUGAUUGAUUUAAGGCCAUAUAAAUUAGCUGGCAUUAAUACAUCAGUAUUAAAUGCUGGAAUAUUUUCUAGAGCUGGUAACCAGGUUAAAUUAUCUCAAAUAAUAAAGCAUUUAAGAUUAAUUAUUGAUACUAAUUUUAUUGAAGAAUAUAAUAAAAGGAUUAAUAGGGUAACAAACAAAAGCAACAUUUAUAAUGUUAUGAUCAAUUCCAUAGCAAGUAACUUGACUCCUUUUGGCAAAUAUCCCACCCCAUAUGAUAGAACAUUGUUAGAUGAAAAUAUAUCAUUUAUUCAAUUGCUUUAUCGAGAUUUAGGUGGUAAUGAUGUGGUCAAACAGCGUGCAUUCGAUCGGAUUGAUCCAGCAAUUAUACCAAGUUUGACAGAAAUGCAUAGAAACAUUAUUAAGUUUAUUCCUUUAGAUGAUAGGAUACUUGAAUUCAAGUUUGAAAAGGGUAAAGUGAGGAUCACGAAACUUUUUGUACACCCACAUUGGAUUGAAACUUUGUGGAAUAUUGUAUUGCUUGAAAUGAGAUCAAAAUGUGAACCAAUAGUUGGUACCUUAAUUUGCUUUUAUGCUGGCAUAAUAAAAAGCAAAGAAGAUUUCAAUCUUGCACAUCACCUUGGCAUUAUUUAUAGUGGACCAAUGAAUUUCGCUCGAUUUCAUGAGAUUAUGUCUAAACUUUCUGAAAUGUGUCACUAUAUUACAACCGUUGAAGGCUCAAAGCAGGUUAAAAGUCUCAUAUCAACUGUGAGAGCAUCGCAAGACAACGCUCUUUUACAAUUUUCGACGGUUUCAAGCCUGAUCAAAGGUUAUCUAACGGAACGUUAUACUUCAACAAUUACAGGACCAAUGCCGCUAUUUCGCCCUAUAGCACAACACCGACAAAAGGAGCUUAACAGAUCAGAUAGCAACAUACAGGGAAUCGAAUUUAUUAUGCGAAG